AUGUCUUCAUAUGCUAAAUUUUUGAAGGAGCUCCUCACAAAGAAAAUGAAGUACAUUGAAGAAGAAACUAUUGAAGUUCAAGGAAACUGUAGUGCUAUCAUACAAAAGCUCCUACCCCCUAAGUAUAAAGAUCCAGGAAGUUUCAUCAUUCCCUGCAUUAUAGGGAAUAUCUCUGUUGGAAAAUCACUUAUUGAUCUGGGAGCCAGUAUUAAUCUCAUGCCGUUAUCCAUGUUUGAAAAGAUUGAGGGGUUGGAACUCAAGCCUACUCGGACGACUCUUCAACUUGCAGACAGAUCUCUGAAAUAUCCUUAUGGGGUAGCUGAAGAUGUGCUUGUGAAAGUAGAUAAAUUUCUUUUUCCUGUGGACUUUCUCAUCAUGGAGAUGGAGGAGGAUGUGAAUGUACCUCUUAUUCUUGGGAGAUCUUUUAUGAAGACAACAAGAGUUUUGAUUGAUGUGGAAAAUGGCAAACUAAAGGUAAGAGUGCAAGAUGAAGAAGUAAAUUUUGAUGUCUUUAAAGCCAUGUCUCACCCAAAAGAUGAUAAGGAAUGUUUUUAUCUUGAUGCACUUGAUGAAAUUUGCAUGAUCCAAGAAAACAACGCAAGUGAUACUCUUUCUUUGGAGGAAAUACUAGUUGACACUUGUGAAGAGCUGAAUGAAAAAGAAGAGGAACUAAUUGAUGAAUGA